GCCAAUGCACGAAGAGCAUCACAAAAAAUUUCAGCUGCACAACGCAAGGAGACUGAAGACACGCUCACUGGUGCCAUCCGACGGAUACUUGCAGAGCAAAAUGACAGGAUCGAGGCCAUCGCGUCCGAACAUGGCGUCACUCAAGACAAGGUGAAGAAGCUUAUGGGAGGUGAAAGGUACUACAAAAAAGGGAGCCGAAAUACGCAACUCGCCAAUGCGUUGAUACAUGCAAAAGCGCAAGAGGUCAAUGCAGAUCGUCCUCGUGGCGCCAAGUAUUCACUUGAUGAGAUUCGAGAAAUGGUCAAGGCAGACGAGAGUAUGCAAAACCUAGUUCACGAGGAGCAGCAAGAAUAUAUUACCAAACUCAAUGAAUGCCGUGCCCUCCAGAACAUGAGUAUUCGCGCAACGAACACUGCAGCAGCCCGAGAUGUUCAGUCAAUGUUAGAUAAUGUCUUUAAGAUGCUUGAUGGUCUCGCCCUUCGAACUGGAAUCUACACCUGCCUCUUCACCUCCCGUGGACAUGUGUACGAUACCGCGCAAGCAACGUGGUUUGGCACAGAUAAUGUCAUGGACUUCUGGGAGGAUGUCCUUCAAACAGAGGCUGACGAAAUCACACGGAAACUGGAACAAUGGGCAUGU